AUGGCCCCUGGAGAUGACAUGCUCGCAGAUGCUCCUGGCACUGUCUAUCUUGUAGACGUAUCCCAUACUUCGCACGACACCGCGCAUGCUGGGCAUCAAGACAUUUUACUGAUACCGCAACCGUCUCCUUCUCUUGCAGAUCCACUGAAUUGGCCUCGCUUCAAAAAGCUUUGGUCUUUGUUUUUGAUUUCAGCUUAUGCCUGUGUCUUCUCAUUCGGUGAGAAUAACUGGGGUGCGUCCUGGACCCUGAUCUCAGAAGAUACCGGCGUAAGCUUGACCAAUAUGAAUGGUGGAAGUGCGCUGAACUAUCUCCUAUUGGGAUUUUUUAAUAUUAUCUGGAUUCCGACGGCAAUGAAACUGGGACGCAAGAUAGUCUAUAUCUUGAGCUUGGUUGUUCUUCUCGGGGGAAGUUUAUGGGGCGGGUUUUACCACGGAACUGCCCAGUACUACAUUAUGCUAGCGAUUCAAGGCAUAGGCACAGCAGCGUAUCAAGCAUUGAUUCAACUGACGAUUUUUGAUAUGUUUUUCACGCAUGAGCGUGGCCGUAUGGUCGCAAUCUAUAUCUUCUUCCAACAGCUCGGUUCCAUCUUGGGACUGAUACUCGGUGGGUAUAUAAGCGACGGAAUUGGUUGGCGCUGGUCUUCCCCAAUUGUGGCGAUUGCAUGUGGCAUCUUGAUUCUGCUAUUUAUCCUGACGUUUGAUGAUACGAUGUUCCCGAGGUAUCGAUUCAAUCAGAUAUUAAACAGUGAGCCAAGCCAAUCAACCAGUCAUACCGUACAGAAGAAGGUGUUGGAAAAAGGCGCUCAGAUCGAGCCUCCAGUCUCUGAACUUGACCCCAAUCACACCAGAGAAGACAGAACUUCGCGGUCGUUCCGGCAGAAGAUGGCUUUGGUUCAUUACUUUGCUGAUGACCGAACAACCUGGUUUCAAUAUUUCCGUCGUCCAUUUUACCUGUUUGCAUUUCCCAAUAUUGUCCUCGCCGGUAUUCAAUUUGCCUUCGGAUGCACGGCCGGCAUUGUCUCUUUCAACACUAUCUCGGAGAUAAUGACAGAACCGCCAUAUAAUUGGAGUGCUGGAUCAACAGGGCUGCUUUUCUUAGCUGCAUUGAUCGGAAACUUUCUAGGAAUGGGCGUUGGCUCCCUGUCAGAUUGGAUUGUCCUCAUCCUUGCCCGGCGGAACAAAGGCUAUAAGGAGCCAGAAAUGCGUAUCUGGACCUAUAUAUUCCCGUUGUGCUUUGGGGCAGUCGGAUACUUUACCUAUGGUUGGGCUGCUACAAAUGGUGAUAAUUGGAUAUCUAUCGCUGUCGCCUUAUGUUGCCUCAUCGCACAGCAGGUGUCAGUCACCAGCCUAGCAACAGCGUAUGCAAUGGAAUGCUUUGACGGGAUAUCUGGUGAGCUCGUCGUUGUACUCGCCAUUUGCUCGUCUUUAAUCAACUUUGCCAUCUCAUAUUCCGUGCAACCAUUCAUUGAUGCCACAUCAUACGGAUGGGCAUUCACAUGCUAUGGCAUCCUCGUUGUUCUUUCUAUUUUGAUGGGCGUCCCUAUGAUAAUUUGGGGGAAAGCAUGGCGCCGAAAGUGUAAAGGGCGAUACGAGCUGUUUUUAGCUGAGACUAGCCGUGAUUCCCAUUGA